AGGUGGCUGCACUGGCACGCCAUUCGUUCUAAAAUGGCUGCGGUGUGUGUAGUAAACGAGAGAGCGAAAGUGUGUUUGUGUUUCGUAUUGAAAUAAACUGUUGUGAAACACCGAAACAAUUGUUUUAAAAGCGAUUGUGUCGAAAGAGAUUGUCUGUGAAGUUUUCGUCCUCUGUGCGUCGGUUACAACAAGCCUCGAGUCAAAAGAGCCCAACUUUGCUCUAGACACAGUGUUUAUAACCUCUCCACGCCACUUAAAUUAGACUUUUCGAGUCCUCGAAGAAUAAACAAAUAAAGUUUCAUUCAUCAGCUUGAAGAACGGAGGAGUAGAAAAAAGCGCCAUGCGUUCUAAAACAACCUGUUAAAAAAGUCCACUGAACCUUGUGUUUACAUCCGUCAGAAGAGCCCCCUCGAAGCACAUCUGCCUCGGAGUGGUCUGAACGGUUAAAGGGGCCCCGAAAUGCACACCUAUGUUCUUAACGUGUUAAAAUGCACAUGGAUACAACGCAAAACAUCAGUUUACAACCUUCAGCACUCAAUUAAGAAGGCAAGCUGUACCUAAACACUGAUUGACACGUCUGGAGAUACAAAUUUGAAGGUCGUUUAUCUAAAUAAAAUGUGUUUUGCCAUUGUGCAGUUGGGUGCGAGACUGUUUUGAACUACCCGCUUCAAGUCAUGGUCAGUUCAGGAGUGUGAAAUUAUUUAUUUGCAAGUGCGAUGUAAAAACGGACAGGCAGAUCGACACACUGGAUCAAGCCAGCUCUGGUCCAGGGGGUUGCCACGACGGUGGAGGGACAGUCCCCCCCGUCGUCCCACAGCCCCCGGGACUGUCGCCCUUUCCUCACGAAAUCAACACUCCCAAGCGACAAGCUGUGGUAGAAAGACUUCGAAGAAGAAUCGAAAAUUAUCGAAGAAGACAGAACGACUGCAUGCCGCGUUUCGACCAGUCCUUUACCGGUCUCUGUGAGCAAAAUCUUCAAGACACUCUGCAGCUGAAGCAGCGGUAUUUAGACGCCAAAGCGAAAAGAGUACCGAAAAGUAAGGACAAGAAGCAGCAGGAAUCGAUUCAGAGCAGCGUGCACGUGCAGCAGAAAUUCUUGAAACGAUCGGCGGAAGAGCACGAUCCGGGAGGGUCAGCUGACAACUUCGAGCCACCGGUGAAACUCCAGUGCACAACUCAGCAGCACGGUUCUCAUCAGAACGAAGGUUUGACGAAAUUUUCCGUCGAAAUCGUCCAACAGCUCGAAUUCACGACGUCGGCAGCCAAUUCCCAGCCUCAGCAGAUCUCCACCAACGUGACGGUGAAGGCACACACCAACGCCUCGGUGAAGAGCGACGUCUCAUCCCCAAAGUCGAACCCAUCGACGCCGGCGUCCAAUCUCCAGCAAAAAUCCAACAUCGGUCUCGAUGUCGGCACUUUGGUUGAGUGCGUGAAACAAGAACCCGAUAACGAUUUUGCCGAUUUGGACCAAUGUGCCGCAGCGUUAGAGAAGGAUGCGGCCGCCAACGGUGGCACCGGCUUUGGUGGCUUCUCCGACCUCAUCGGAGAAGACACCAACGACGAAAUCAUCACCUCUGACGCGUUCAACGAUCUCAUCUCAGAUAUUAGCAACUAUCCCGAGUUAAUGAAAGACUUUGAUUUCGAAGAUAAAUCCGAGGUUAACGCGAGUGUUAACGGUUUGAAAGUGGAAGACAUUAAAGAUCUGCAACAACCGGUGGCAGAUAACGCGAAAUCCACGCAUAGUCCUUUAGUAUCCAAUCAAAAUAAUUAUUCCCCAGUCUUCGAAAAUCAAGGAGGCAUCAACAAAACGCGGAUGCCUUCUUAUUCCAACAUUGAUUUCUGCAAGACUGAACUUAGUCCGGCCGCACAAACCCUCAAACAAAUGGCCGAACAACACCAACAUAAGAAUCAAAUGGGGAUGACUUUUAACCCCAAUACCAGAGCGCCGAAUUCCAGGUCACCUUACCCCGAUUUCCAGUUUCAAGGUGACUACGGAAGUCCCAAUUCAAACCCCAACUUCCAUAAAAACAGUCCGAACUUCUCACAACCCGACAUGAUCAAACAGGAGAUGAUCUUCCAAGGGAACGAUUUUGACAUGAAACGAAAGGGAGCAGGAAUUUACAAACAGCAACAAUAUUCUCCUUAUAGCAGUCCCAGUGCGAGUAGUCAUGGCAGUCCAGGUUAUUUACCGAGAAGUAGUACUGGAUCGACGAGUGGUGGCGCUUUCGGUGGCGGUACUCCCCCGAGACCGCCUUCCGGACCCGGAGGCAACAAUUCUGGAACCACCUUACAGAUAAAUCAAGCGCAGCAACUCCAUAUAAGUCAGCAGAAUCACGGACACGCUAUUCAGGUGUCGGCUGGUCAACACCUUCAUUUAAGCGGCGACUUGAAAGGCAAUGUGUCCAUCGCGACACAACAAGGAAUGCACUUUAAUCAACAUACUACAAAUGGUGCCUCGUCUCAAUCUCAGAACGGACAAAACGUUCCUCAACAAAACCCACUUUCAUCAAACCAACAACAGAACCAACAAAUGCACACCAAUAGCAAUCAACAACAACAACACCAAAAUCCGACGAUGGGCAGUCCCAUGAUGUCCAACAACCAACAAAUGCCGAAUUCGCAACAAGGAUCAAUGGGUGGUAUGCAAAGUAUGAUGGGAGGUCCUGGAAUGCAUCAUCCUGGAACGAUGGGUGGGAACGGGAACUUAUCAGGACAGAUGCCGGACGGUUAUUCCAUGUCACAAAGCCAGACCAUUAACUUUACCCAACAAACCUUAAGGCAACGUGCCAAUGGACCCAAUGUCGUAUCAAAUAAUAUGGGACCAAAUGGGCCAAUGGGACCAGGACCUAUGGGAGGUCAAGGCGGAAUGGGACCACGCUUAAUGAAUUCUCAACUCGAGCAACAGAAACUUCUCCAACAACAGCAAAUGAUGCGAGCGCAACAAGCCGCAUUGCAACAACAUAUGGUUAGGCCACCACCACCGGAUUACAAGAGUAGUGCAGGAAUGAUGCAGGGAGUGCAACCCAGAUUUGCAGGAGCGCCUCCUAAUAUCCGGAGGAUGCCACAACAGCCUAUGCCACCUUCGGGUCCAAUGAUUCGUCCACACAACAUGUAUGUGAUGCAGCAGCACCAACAGCAACAGCACAUGAUUUCGAGAAAUAUGUACCCGCGACAGCAAGGACCGCUCAGCGGAAUGGAUGCUAUGCAACAUGGGAAUACCGAGUGGCGACAUCUGCUGAUGCAACAGCAGAAUACUAAUUUUAAUCCACAGAUGAGGCCAAAUAUGCAACAAGGUUUUAACAUGAACGCCGGAAAUAUGCAGCUUUCGGCACAGCACCAGCAAAUCAGAAGUCAGCAAAGUAUGGGUCAGGCCCAAGUGAUGGGUCAGAGUGGUAGUCCCAUGUCACAAAUGAAUAACAUGAAUCAGAUGUUGAAUCACAUGCAACAGCAACAGAGUAUGAUGCAGCAGCAGCAGCAACAACAACAACAACAGAAUUCUCAGAUGUCCAUAUCAAGUAUCCAUAUGCAACAAACCCAGUCAAUGACAGUGACCAAUCAGACACUCCAGCAGAACAUGAACAAUCAACUUGUAAAUAAUUCAUCAAGCAACCAAAAUAAUUCAUUAAAUAAUUUCAAUUCUCAAUCCACGGACUUUAUCGGUCUCGAAUUUUUAGAAAAUCUUCCAACAACGGAUUCAACAGCAUUUACUGAUCAGGAGUUGUUAAGCUCAUUUGACAGUGACUCUGGCUUUAAUUUAGAUUUUUAGUAGAAUUUUAUAUAAUUUUUGUUAAUAUUUUUUAUAUAUAUAUUUUUGUACAUAUUUAUAUUAACUGUGGUUUCUGUUGGUAUUACUUUAUAUUUGUAAGUUUUUAAAUUUUUUUGGUUACAAUAUUUGAAAUUUGUUUUUUGAUAUGCAAUUUACAAGAUAUAUAAAUCCGAAUGACAAUAUACCUAUCAAAUAUC